AUGCCCCUCCGAAUCCCUCGUACACGCCAAACCCCCUUCUCCUCACCGUGCUGCUGGUCCUCCUGUCCCUCCCGCCAGUGCCUGUUUGCCACGGAGACGUUCAGCAUCGGGCUCAACAUGCCGGCCAAGACGGUUGUCUUCACCAACGUGCGCAAGUGGGACGGCACCAAGUCACGGUGGCUGUCAGGAGGCGAGUACAUUCAGAUGAGCGGGCGGGCAGGCAGGCGAGGCCUGGACGACCGGGGCAUCUGCAUUCUCAUGGUUGACUCGCGCAUGGAACCAGCCGUUGCCAAGGGGAUGGUGAAAGGCUCGGCUGAUCCUCUAGUCAGCGCGUUCCACCUGUCGUACAACUUCAUUCUGAACCAGCUGAGGAGUCCAGAAGUGGAGAUAGAGCAGACUAUCAGAAGCUCCUACCGCCAGUUCCAAUCAGACCGAGCAUUACCAGCACUGCAGCACGCUCUCCCCUUCCCGUUCCCCGUUGCCCGCCUUUUCACCCAACAGGCACCUUUGCAAGCACUCGAGGCCGAGCACUCAGCAAUCAGCAUCCCCGACGAGUCAUCUCUCCUCGGCCUCUGUCGCCAACUCUCCGCCCUGAGAGCUCAAAUCCGUUCCUUCCUCACCACCCCCUAUUUACCACAGUCUGCCUUCCCACUUUUUCCGCCCUCCUCCCUUUGCCCCCCUUCGCAGGCGCGCCUACAAGCAUUGGAAGCCGAGCACGCAGCAAUCACCAUCCCCGACGAGUCGUCCCUCCUCGCCCUCCUCUCCCUCCGCCGCCAACUCUCUGCUCUGAGGGCGGAGAUCUGCUCCUUCCUCACUGCCCCCCCCCCCCCCGCCCUCCCCUUCCCGUUCCCCGUCGCCCCCUUUUCCGACCCACAGGCACGCUUACAAGCAUUGGAAGCCGAGCACGCAGCAAUCACCAUCCCCGACGAGUCGUCUCUCCUCGCCCUCCUCUCCCUUCGCCGCCAACUCUCUGCUCUGAGGGCUGAAAUUCGUUCCUUCCUCACCGCCCCCCGCCACGCCCUCCCCUUCCUCUCCCCUGGGAGGGUUGUGCGGAUACUGUGCCUGGGGGGAGGGGGAGGGGCGGGGGGAGCGGAGGGGGAAGGGGAGGGGGAGGGGGGAGGGGAAGGGGGGGAGGCGGGGGGGAUUGGGAACGAGGAGGAUGUGACUGUAUGGGGCGUGGUGGUGAAUUUUAAGAAGGUGAACCGGAAGAGAGGAGUGGGCGGAGGGGAGCAGCAGGAUGGAGCAGAGGGAGCAGAGGCAGCAGCUGACAUGGCGUAUGACGUGGACAUUCUCACGCGGUGUGUGGAGGAAGGAAUUGCAGGGCGCAUGGGGCCACCUGGGGGGCCCAGGAAGGUGGUGCGGCCGUGCAGACCGGGGGAGGAGGGGGGCUCUCCUCUUGUUGCAUCAUUCCCCCUGACCCAGCUGGAUGGCAUAAGCGCAGUGCACCUCUUUCUCCCAAAGGACCUGAAGCACAAGGAGCCAAGAGAGGCCGCCCUGAAGUCGCUGCAGCAGCUGCUGCUGAGAGCGGGGGCGGAUGGCGUGCAGAUGCUGGACCCUGAAGAGGAUAUGGAGGUCAACAGUUCAGCCUAUCGCAAGGCAGUGAGGAGAGCUGAAGCGCUUGAAGCACUGAUUGCCUCGCACGCUCUAGCCUCGGCGCCGGACCUGCAGGUUCGGGUCCGGGAGCUGGCUCGGAAGAGCAAGCUGAAGAUUGCUCUCAAAGUGCUUAAAAAGGAGGUCAAGGCGGCGGGCGGGCUUAUAUUGAAGGACGAGCUGAAAGCGAGGAUGAGGGUGCUGCGACGAUUGGAGUACAUCGAUGAAGAUGAGAUUGUGCGAGUCAAGGGCAGGGUUGCCUGUGAGAUCUCCUCAGCAGACGAGCUGGUGGUGACCGAAUUGCUCUUCAGUGCAGCCCUGGCGGACCUGCCUCCCGAGACCGUGGCGGCGCUGCUGUCGUGCUGCGUGUGGCAGGAGAAGGGGGCCGGCGGGGCCAAGAGACCGAGAGAGAGCCUGCAGGGACCGCUGGCGCAGCUGAGGGAGAUUGCCCGGCGGAUAGCACGGGUGCAGGAGGAAUGCAAGGUGAGGAAUGGGCAUGUGGCAACGAGGCUUGCUGUCGUGCUGCGUGUGGCAGGAGAAGGGCGCUGGCGGGGCGAAGAGUCCGAGGGAGAGCCUGCAAGGGCUGCUGACGCAGCUGAGGAAGAUUGUCGGUGUUUGGGUGGUGCCAUGGAUGGGGCUGCGUUCGCUGAUGUGCUCAAUGCCUCUUUCUGCUUGCGCUCCUCAUCCUUCUACCACCAGAUUGCUCUCGAUGUGGAAACCUACGUGGCGUCCUUCCGACCAGACAUCAUGGAGGCGGUGUUUGGGUGGUGCCAUGGCGCCGCGUUCGCUGAUGUGCUGGCAGCAGCCGACACGUUUGAGGGGUCUCUGAUCCGCGCUAUGAGGCGACUGGAGGAGCUGCUGCAGGAGGUGAGAGUGGGAGACGGUGUCCUUGUAAUUGGGUUAUGUAACAAGGCACAUAGAGGCAGCAGCCGACACGUUUGA